UCAUUUCAAUGUAAACACAAGCAGAGACGCAGACAGUGUUUUGUUUAGAAGAUUCUGAAAUAAAUUAAUAAAAUACGGGCAUUAAAUUAUAUCGUAAACUUAAAGCAAAGCUUUGACAAACAAAAUAUCGAAAAUAAUCAUGCAUUGGGAUGAGGAUAUUGACCUGCUAGCUGGUAGAAAGAAUCAACCAAAACAGGGUCGCAGAUCAAAUCCAAACACACCAGAAGAAGCUGGUUCUUCUGAUAUGAUCGAAACUAAUCCUUUCGAUAUCGAUAACAAAGAAGAAAGGCCCAUUAUUAGACCAAGGAAAACAAGUGUAUGGGGUGAAGAAGGAACUAAAUCUGCCAAGUCCAGUAAAAGUUCAACUAAUAUUAUAGAGCUAGAAAGGUUUCAACGUCAAAAUGACAGUACCAGCAAAGAUGACGAAAACGAUAUUCCAGUAAUUCCAGAUAUUGAUGAUUUACAGGACGAUCCACUAAACUUGCCAGAUGUAAAACCUAUUGCUUCUGUAGACAAAGACACGUAUAAAGAACUGGACAAUCAGUUAGGAAAUAUACAGGGAGACAAAAUAAAUUUUGGCAAUUUGGGUAAUAUAGAUUUGUCGUUUUUGACAAAUAAGCUCUAUCCAGAGAAAGAGGUACAAAUGAAGCCAGAGAGUUGGACUAUGGAAAGCUUAUUUCACGAUUUGUCCAGAAAUAAUAAUUGAUAAUAAAUUUAGAUUUAAAAAAGAUUAGGAUAAUCCUUUGUUUAUACAAAGGAUUAAUUAUGUAAUUAUUUAUAAUAUGUAAUUAU